AUGUCAUUCCUUCAGAAUUUUCAUCUAAGUCCAGGACAGACAAUUCGUUCCACUAGAGGAUUCAAGUGGAAUACGGCCAAGCAAAAAGAUUAUAGUCAAUUUAGCAGUGGUCCAACUACAGGUACAAUUGUAGGAGCACAAACAUUAUCAUCCCCCAAUGGUGGUCAAGGAAGUGCAAAUUCUUUAUUCACAACGCCAAAGAAGUCAGCGGUUUCUCAUCCGCUAACAGAUUUCAACUAUACACCGUCCCACCAGAUUCCAUAUGUGGUUCAAACUCCAGGAACGAUCGUAACGUCCCAUAAAGAUAUCAAACAAAUUGUUGAAACAACAUUAGGCUCAGAAGGUGUACUAAACCAAGCUGUUAAACUGCCAAAGGGUGAAAAUGUUGACGAAUGGAUAGCUUUGCAUUGUGUCGACUUUUACAAUCAGAUCAACAUGCUAUACGGGUCAAUCACGGAGUUUUGCUCGCCCCAGUCGUGCCCCAGGAUGAUUGCUACCAAUGAAUAUGAAUAUUUAUGGAAUGUAUACCCUGGAUCACCUCCUGUUUCCGUGUCAGCUCCAAAAUACGUUGAGCAUCUCAUGAAUUGGUGCCAGCAGCAGUUCGAUAGUGAAGACUUAUUCCCUGCCAAGACUACAGCACCUUUUAAAACAGGCUUCAAAGAUAAAAUGGCGAAGCCAAUAUUGAAAAGACUAUUUAGAGUCUAUGCACACAUAUAUUGCCAUCAUUUCAACGAGAUCUUAGAAUUGAAUUUACAAACGGUCCUUAAUACUAGUUUUAGGCAUUUCUGCCUGUUUUCAGAGGAGUUUCAUAUGCUAAAAGCUUCAGACUACGGUCCACUCCUCGAAUUAGUUGAAGAAUUUAAGGAUAGAUAA